AUGGCCGGUAAAGGUACGGACCGAAAGACCAAAUUAAAAGACUUAAGGGGUAUCGGUGAAUCCAAUGAUACAGCAGCGUUCACAUUACCAGACAGCCUCCCUUGUUCUGAAGUUGAUUUCCCAAUACUGAUUAAGAGAAAGCCGAGAGCGAACUGGAAUGAUAUCAUCGACGAAAGUAACAAAUGGCACAAACAAUUGGAAGAAUUUAGCCAGAAUAAACUAGUACCUGUACCGAAAUCACCGUUCCUUAAAACUGAAACCGAUUAUAUUAAAAAUGAAGUAUUUGUGCAACUCAUACCCGCCUUAGUGGAGACUCUCAAUAAAGCUAAGAUCUGGGAAGCGUUUACUAGAGACAAAUGUUUCUUCAACGGAAUAGACCAUAUCGUUCAGGUUCUCUGGAACAAUAACCCUCGCUUCCCGGGACGCAAGGAUGUGAAUUUGCAUGUGUUCAACAUGCCGUGGGUUAGAAAGGCUCUUAAGAUGAAUCCUCGUCCUUAUUACCCAAAGUCCUGGUUAUGGCCGGAGGAAUACGCUGCCACUCUCAUACAAAAAACUGUGCGCCAGUACUUUAUACAGAGACAAGAAGAAGUACAAGAAAUGCGCGACUUUUGGAAGAAACUCGAAGUGGAACGCCAGAUUCCCGACAUGGAGUUCAAUCCUUUCUUGGCCAAGGCGUUUGCAUCAGCAUCGCAUUUGAAAAAAUUAUAA